CCAAAAAAUAAACAAACCGACUAGGGAAAUAGACGGCGAGGAUCGCUUUGCGAUGCGAUUAGGGUUAUAGCUCAGAUUUGGGACUAGGGUUUUAUUCUUACGCCGCGUUCCAGUUCUCCCCAUCGUCCCAGAGUUGCUCGCCAGCAGAAUCGAAAAUGCCGUCGCACAAAACGUUCAUGAUAAAGAAGAAGCUAGCGAAGAAGAUGAGGCAGAACAGGCCCAUCCCUCACUGGAUUCGCAUGAGAACCGACAACACCAUCAGGUACAAUGCCAAGCGUAGGCACUGGCGCCGAACCAAGCUAGGGUUUUGAAACCUAUUUCUGCAAUGUUCCUGGAAGUCUCAGAAUUAUGUUGGAAUUAAUGGGACUUGUGUUUUUGCUUCCCUAACCUGUUGAGAUUAGGGUUUCAGUUUUUUUUCAGAAAUUAUGAUUAUAUAAUUUGAAGACAUUUGUUGUUGCGCUUGCUAAUUGAAAGCAAUUAUGGAUUGUGUUUCA